AUGAACUGCGUGAACGCGUUGGAACAGCAGCUGCCACCCCCGCCUCCCCCCGCCCCCGUUGACGAGAAACACGAUUCGCUUGGAGUAGUGAGACGCGACGGUCCUGGUGAUAACCGAGCUAUGCAUUUCAGUAUCGGAGCAGUCUUCGGGUGGGGGGGAGGCGGGCCGGCCGCCGCCGCCGCUGCCUCCGCCGAGGUUCCCUGCCACAGGCAAUGUCUGACAAUGGGAGACCGCUGCGAGGGCGCCGCUAGUCGCCCCAAUCAAGGCCGCCGCCAGCUUCUUGUUUCAUGGGCUCAGACGUCAGGCCGGCGGCCGUGCCACCAUUACUACCACACAACAAAUGUUCUAAAUCGAUGUGAUUAG